CCCCCCCCCCUCUCUCAUGACCACUUACUUCUCCGGGAGGUGACUUCAUAGUAAUAUAACUCCUGUGUCCUUCGUUCUCUCACCGUCUGAAUCCUUCCGAAUCCCCCGCUCUCUCUUCCUUCGACUUUCGCUUCCUUCGACUUUCGCUUCUUUCCUAUAUAGAUAUGGUGGGCCGCCUGUUCCUGUGAGGUUUACGUCUACUCCGACGGUGUCCACUACAAUUCUUCCACUCGUCACCGUCACCAUGGCACUUUGGCCAUUGGCCUGGACUGCCAAUGUCCCGUCAACAUCGCGACUCUUCCACCUCCUCCUGAUUACUCUCGUUCUUUCGCUUUCCGCCCGUGCCGCUGAUGACACCACUUUGAUACCUACUGCCGCAUCGGAUAGCUUCCCGUCGUGCGCCCUGAGUUGCUCCAUUCUGCAACAAGCCCAGACUGGCUGUGUACCUCCGACGGCCCAAUCGAGCGACCGCUCGACCUAUGUCUCUUGCUUUUGCCAGUCGUCGUUGAUCUCUCAACUCCAUAACUCCGCGGACGGGACAUGCGCCGACACCUGCACCAGCGCCGACGACCGCACAAAAUUGCAGACAUGGUAUAACGACUUUUGCUCAUCCGGAGGCCAAAACAAGGGUACUGCUGCAUCAGAAAGCAGUGCCGCGGCGUCGCCCUCAACAUCAACAUCCGCGUCUACCGCCAAAUCGCAAAAUACCUAUCCCGCUCCAAAAUCCUGGUGGUCGACACAUUACCAAUGGGUUAUCAUGGUAAUUGUUCUUGCCGUUGGAUUCACUGCAAUUGCGAUUGUGGGAGUGUGGCUCAAGCGCCGCCACGAUGCGAAAUAUCCCAACCUGUACCACGCGGGGAGCGGUAGCAACAGCGGCAGCAACAGCGGGCUUCUCUAUAACCGCGGCCAAAACACCAGUCCCGGCCCAAAACAGCCGGGCCAAUUUAUGCCGGCUCCAAGCCCAGUGAACCAUGAUGAAUAUGCUAACACAGAUUCCGUGGCCAGUAGCUCUCGCACCGAAGUUGCCGCUCCUGGACCUCGUCUAUCACGUCUCCAAAGGACCCCGCAGCCCGCGGAUGUAGGCGAUAUUGAAACUCGCGAAGUAACUCGGUGAUGGUUGGGUCGACCCUGUUUUACCAUAUCCACUCUUUCCCUAGCAGAGCGUACUCGAACACGGCAUCUAGUGCAUUCUCCAACCGGGCAGUUGCAUAGAGCCAAACUCCCAGGCACAAUGUAGUGCCUCCAAUCCGUCUAUACCAACAUUUUUCGUCGAUGCUCGCUCCUGCUACUCUCGCAUAUGUAUCCGGCGUUUUUGCGUGUUCGGCUGGCUUUUCCCUUUUCUUCCUUUCUUUCCACUACCUGGGACCAAUCUCGUACAAAGUUUCCGUACAUGAUACCAUAUGGUGUGUGCAUGUCUUCUGAGCUGCGUUGCAUGGCUUUGGCAGAACAUAGUAAUUUUCUUUUUUCCUCCGUGGAGGCUGGGUCAGCUUUCUUUCGUCGCUUAUAUUUGCCUGGACAUGUUUUUCUUUCUUCAUGAUGUCUCCUCCGUCUCACCCAGCAUGAGAUCAAUGAAUUGCUUGCCUGGAUGUGACAUGUUGCCGGCUGACCGUGUAAAUUAGGUAUAGGUGCCCGCAGUACAGGACCCUUAAUGUAAUUUUGCUAGAUCCCACAAGAUAUCUUACAUGGUUCCAACAACCAGUUUUAUAGGUUAAUCUGAGAUAUAUAAUUU